AUGCCCCCAGUGAUUCGGCAACCCCCAAUCGCCAUGUCCCUCCCCGUCCUCCCUAACCCCUCGAACCUGGUGGGUGUAGCCCUGGUGGUCAACCGUACCCGCGAUGGACCCAGCCUCGUCUUUCACUACCCGCCCGAGAUAGCGUCCGAACCCAUCGGCCAAGCUUCCGCCGACUCGCUCGACGAAGGCCUCGCCCAGGACGACAUCCUCCUCGAGCGCCUCUUGAAACCUGAGCGCUCGCACCAGCCCCAGGGCCAGGGCUUCCAUCCCGGCCGCGGCCGCGAGGACCGCCUCAUCUCCAACUCGGGCUCGCAGACAGCGACCCCUGGGCGCUCCCGCGCCUGUCCCGGAGGAGGCCCCCUCAGCGCUUCUGAGCUCAAGCAGCCAGCCGCCGACGAGGAGGAAAAGGUCAGUUCCAUGACCAUGUUCAAUGUUGUCUUCAUCUUGAACCCCAAAACGCACGAAGUCAACGACCUCGUCCACGUCAUCUACACCCACAUCACAAAGAAGGUGAACAAGGCCUACAAGUACUGUCAGCAGCGUAGCGACUUUGUUUGGAAGGAGUCGAAGCAAAUCAUCAGGCUGAAAGACAAGGCUCGUGAGAAUAAAACGCCGAUGCAGCUGUUAUGGAAGGAGAUUCUUGACGCCUCGUCUUUAGCGGCAUCCAUACAGGAGAUAUACCAGUCCCUGUCGCUGAACCGCAUCGUCAGCUUCCAACUCGACACUGCCAACGGCCCUCUCAAUCCAUACGGAAACCGCCCAACACGGCCUAUGGCUCACCUCGGCAAACCCCGUAACCCCGAGGAGGCAUACGAGGAGUAUGAGCUCCUAGCCAAAAAGUUUGGCCUCCUUCUUAUGGAUGGAGAAAAGAAGAUCAUUUCGCAACUCCAAGUUGACCUGGACCCGACUACUAUUGCCAUGGUCGAAUUUGUCCGGCUUUGUAAACCCACCAUGUCGCUCUACCAAAUCAGCCAGAGCAACAUCCUGAGCCUCAGCCAGGUCCGCAAGUACGCCCAGCAUUUCACCGCCUGGCGCCGCGCCAUCGCCAUCCCGCCCCUGCACGCCCGCGACGUGUACAUCAUGUCCCCCAACUGCAACCUCGGGCUCCUACCCCGGGCUUCCCAGCACAAGGCCCACCGCCCAACCUACCUCGCCAUGCUCGCCUGGCUCAUGCGCGGCGGCUGGGUCACUCAGCUCUGCACCUUUGCCUACGUCGUCGUGUGGCCCGAGAUUAUCUACGAAGUCCAGCACCAGCUGGAGGCGGACGAGCUCCGCGGACCCAAGUCGUCCACACCCCCGGGCACCAAGAGCGCCUCCUCCUCGCCAUCUGGCACCAAAGAUGGCCCCCAGCCCCCUCGGCCGGCACGAUCAUCUCCCACCCACCUGUUCCCGUCCCGGCCCUCACACGCCUUCCGCCAGCUCCCACUCCCCACGACAGUGACGGAGCAAAUUGCGGAAAAAGCGCGCCUCGAGCGCAUGGCUACAAAGGCCCAGCGUGAAGCCGCCGAGAAGGCUACGGCGCACGCUAGAAAACCUGUCCCGGCUCCGUCCGCUUCCCCUUCCACCAACGAUGCGCCGCACCUUGCCCGCUUGGAGCCUUACAUCAUUCUUGAGGCUGGCCGCGCUACCGGCAGGGACUCCUUUACCUCGACGCCAUCGGGCGCCGCUUUGCCGACGACAAGACUGCCGCUGCCUGGCAGCGCUUUUGAGGUACUUCGACGGGCACUCUGCCCUUGA